AUGAUGUCGGAUAUCUACCGAAGAGCAAGCUACGUCUAUGUGUGGCUUGGUAAGUCUGACAACUGCAUCGAAUUGGCGAUGAAGACAAUCAAAUCCGGCUUCAGACACCACUACGAUCACGACCCCGCGACAAAAAGACCAGGGAACCGCAGAAAACUGACUCGCGAUAAGGUAGCGGAUCAGGACAACGGAUUUGCCUCUGCCUCCGGCGAUGAGAGCUCAAAAAACGAACUUUCCGGACCUGCCUUGCAACGCUUCUUCGAAAGUCCUUACUGGCUUCGACUCUGGAUCGUCCAAGAGAUUAUGCUGGCCCGCUACAUUCGCGUCAUAUGCGGUGAAACACUACUUUCCUGGGAAGAAUUGAGACGGUUCUGCUCAUCAGGCCUGAAGCGUCUUUACCCGGAAGCGGCGCUGGCCGUGCCGCCGCAGGUGAUCUGGCUUACUCGACAUGCUUUAUCUGACAAGCAAUUCACUUACCCAAGUCUUCUUCACGCCUUUGGUACGAGCGGAUGUGAGAACCCUAGAGACAAAGUGUAUGCCCUCCAAGGCGUGGUAAAACGUGAGAAUAGGCCGAUUGUUCGCUAUGAGAGUUCAGUACACGACGUUUUCGAAGAUGCAGUGAAGGCUAUGAUCCGUACUGCAAUUCAGGAUUCGCAGGUGCGGAAAGGUACAGAUCUCAGUAGGAUCAACUACAUGGGGCCGAUCAAAAACGUCUUUCUUGACGCAGCAGCUAUUUGGAUGGAAGAAAUAGAAGGCGUCAUACAUCUUGAGAUGAUUGAAGCAUGGAUCAUUUUGCGAAAGGAGAUGGGGAUGAACCCGAUCCCAGAAUCUCCUUCCGAAAGAAGUCGUCUUCUGGAAGCUGUGCGAGCUGUGUGGUCCCAAUUAGCACACUUUCACCUACGCAUGUUCCUCGCGAAUAACCAACUCCAGUCUACAGGUACUGAAGGUCUGGAAAACAACAACCUUGAUAACACGAUUCUGGAUUCUGAGCGGUUCGAAAUGCUUAUCAUUCAGUUGCGCCAUCAUUACGACGAUCUGGUCAAGAUCUUAAGGACAAUAAAGGACUUUAUAUUGCCUCCGACAUCUGUCCUCCGCAUGUAUGAUUCUCUAUGGUACCCAAGACUUGUGGUGACACAGUUUGGUAGACCGUUCUACUGCGACUGGGAAUGCUCUCAACCUUCAACAGUCCACAUCAUUCCGUAA